AGCAACCACAGCGAUCAGAGUUUUUUCAUCCGUCAUCGCGCUCGCAUAUCACAUCGGAAAUUUUUCGUCGUGUCACAUUGUGUCCUGGUGGAAGCGAAUAAUACUUGGAUUCCGUUCUUUUCUUUGGUACCCGUCUGCCGUGUCCACUGCGAGCCUAGUUCCCGGUGCAGGAAAGGUACACCCAUCGAUUGGGUUGUUGGUUCCUGGUGCGUGACGUGGCGAAAAUCCGUCGGAACGAAGCGCUGGAGGUUGGAAAUUUGAGAUUCUUUUUUUUUGACAAGCGUACGGUUGAGUGAGAAGAAGAAGUUUCCCCAUAUCAAGUUUAUUGGCAAUGGUAAAGUGACAUCAAAAUCCAAAAAAAAACGGAAAGAGUUAAAGCGAGCGUGUAAAGUGGAAGAAAAAUAAUCGAAGGUUACUUGGAAGUGGUGCAAGCGAAAUACAGCAAGCUAAUGUUUUGAAGUUCGGAGAGUUGACAGCGAAAAUUACGGAUAGAAAUCGCUUGUAGCUGGGUUCUUCAGCUGGUAUUUCUUCUUCCUGUUUUCACCGUCUUUCGAAAUUGAACAACAGAAAAUAAUAGCAAGUACUAGAACAUUUUCAAAUUAGUCAUUGUUUCAUCAAGUAAAAAAAUAUAUUUCUGAGAAUCGUGCGCCUAAAUUGUGUCAUUCUAGUGUUAUGUGUUAUUAGUUGAAUAAAUCCGUCUAUCCAAAACAUCGUCAACAAAACCAACGCGUAGUGAGUGAAGAAUUGUCGUGGUAUAAAAUUGCUAGAAUCCGCACGGUAAACGAUAGCAGCAAUCAAAGAAUUAAGUGAAAUUGCAGUCAGCAUCGCAUAGAUCAAACUACGCGCGAAGACGACAAACGACGAAGGAACGACGGACCGAAAAUGAACGCAUCAGAUCAUGGAUUCAAUCCAGCUUUCAAUAUGGCCACCAUAAGGCAGGCAAUCAAUGAAACAAUAGAACGAGACCUUGGUGUUCUUCUCAAAACAGUUCGUAUACCAACACCCACCCGACUGCGGGACCUCAUCCGACAGAUCCGUGCGGCUAGAACGGGUGCCGAGGAACGGGCAGUGGUCAACCGAGAAUGCGCCUACAUCCGGAGCACAUUCCGGGAGGAAGAUUCUGUCUGGCGAUGUCGGAACAUUGCCAAACUACUCUACAUCCACAUGCUCGGUUAUCCGGCACAUUUCGGCCAGUUGGAGUGCCUAAAGCUUACCGCCAGCCCACGGUUCACAGAUAAACGGAUCGGUUAUCUGGGUGCAAUGCUGCUACUGGAUGAACGGCAGGAUGUACAUUUGCUGAUUACCAACUGCUUGAAAAACGACUUGAACAGUCCGACACAAUUCGUGGUAGGUCUAGCGCUAUGCACCCUCGGAGCGAUAGCCUCACCGGAAAUGGCACGGGAUCUAGCCGGAGAGGUAGAGAAGCUGAUGCGUUCACCCAACGCCUACAUCAGGAAAAAAGCAGCGCUCUGUGCGUUUCGAAUCAUCAAACGGGUUCCAGAGCUGAUGGAAAUUUUCCUUCCAGCCACUCGGUCGUUACUAAACGAGAAAAAUCACGGUAUCCUCAUUGCCGGAGUCACGCUCAUCACUGAAAUGUGCGAGAAAAGUCAAGAUACGCUAACACAUUUUAAAAAGGAUAGUGGAAACCAAGAGAUUGUCCCCAACUUGUUGCGAAUCCUGAAGAACCUGAUACUGGCCGGAUACUCACCUGAGCAUGAUGUCAGUGGUGUGAGUGACCCGUUUUUGCAGGUCAAAAUACUUCGACUAUUGAGAAUACUUGGACAUAACGAUCCGGAUGCUUCCGAGGCGAUGAACGAUAUUUUGGCACAGGUUGCCACCAACACCGAGACGAGUAAGAACGUCGGUAACACGAUUCUUUACGAGACGGUGCUUUCGAUAAUGGAUAUCAAAUCGGAAGGCGGACUCCGCGUACUAGCAGUCAAUAUCCUAGGUCGAUUUCUGCUUAAUAGCGACAAAAAUAUUCGCUACGUGGCCCUGAACACGCUGCUUCGAACGGUGCAUGCCGAUAUCUCCGCCGUACAGCGACAUCGCAGUACGAUUCUCGAGUGUCUCAAGGAUCCGGACGUUUCGAUAAGACGUCGGGCGAUGGAACUGUCGUUCGCGUUGAUCAACUCUCAGAACAUUCGGGCGAUGUCGAAGGAACUGUUGAUCUUCCUCGAGAAGGCGGAUGCGGAAUUCAAGGCACAGUGCAGCAGUAGGAUGGUGCACGUGGCCGAGCGGUACGCAACGUCGAUCCGUUGGCGCCUAGACACGCUGUUGAGUGUUUUGAUUGCGGCCGGAAACUAUGUCCGAGAUGAUGUCACGUCUUCCACAAUUCAAUUGAUCCUUAAUAGUCCGCCAGAGGAACAAGCCUACAUAGGUCUGCGGUUGUGGGAUUCUCUCCACAAUAUCACAAAUUCAUUCGAAGACAAACAACCCUUGUUGCAAGUAGCUGUUUGGACCAUCGGUGAAUACGGAGAUUUGCUGCUGAGCAGUGAACGCCUUGAAGAUGUUGAAAUUCCUGCAGAGAGCGAACUGGUGGAGCUGUAUCAGAAGCUGCUAUGGGGUACUCCGGUAUCGACGACCAGCAAGCAAUACGCACUGAUUUCAUUGGCCAAGCUCAGUACCCGGAUUCAGUCCAAGGAGGAGGAAACAAAGGCUAAACAGAUUAUUGAAGCAUUUGGCACUCAUCUGCACAUUGAUUUGCAGCAGCGAGGUGUAGAAUUCUCCCAACUCUUCCGUGACUAUAGCCAUCUGCGUCCGGCUCUUUUAGAAAAAAUGCCGAAAAUUCAAAAAUCACUAGCGAACGGAACAGAUAACGGGGGAAUUUAUGAUGAGCACUCGAAUAGUAUCGAUCUGAUUGAGAGUGGUGGUGAUGAGCUGGAAAUAAGCGGGUUCGUUUCUGGCAAUAAUACCAAGGUUGGAACAGACUCGAGCGCUCUUCUGGAUCUUCUCGGUGGAAGUGACGACCCCACGGAAGGCAUCGGACUAGUUACUACACCGAAUUCCAUCAUCUCAACCACGGUCAACGGUAAGACAUCCGCGACGGGUACUUCGAACAAUCAGGAUUUGCUAGACCUACUGGGUGGGCUUGACAUGCCUGUCAGUACCCCACCGGCAGCGAUUCCACCCAUAAGCGGUGUUGGUUUGGAUCUAAACAGUUUGAAUGACAAUAGUAUUAAAAUGACCAAUGUGACAUCUGCAGUAGUCACCGGAUCUUCAUCGUUCGGUACACUGGACAAUCUGCUGAACUCUAAUCUGGCAUCACCAACGACCACGGCCAUCCCAGCAGGAAACAUCGUUUCACCCAUGGGCUCAGGUGGUUUAAUUAACAACCUCGGGGCCGGUACAAACAUCUUCAGCGAUUUUUCCACAUUCAAUAACAAUGAGGAACAUUCGAAAACACUGACAGCAUUAGAUAAAAACGGUCUACUAGUACAGUUACUAGCAAAACAAAGUGGCGGAUGUCUGCAGAUUAUCAUGACAGCUGUAAAUAAUUCGUUAACCACACUAGAACAAUAUUUGUUCCAGGCUGCCGUUCCAAGAAGCUUCUCGCUGCAGAUGCUGUCACCAUCCGGUUCAACGCUACCUCCCGGUGGAACAAUCACACAGGAAAUGCGAAUCUCCAGUACUGCUAAGGCCACCCUUCGAAUGCGACUGCGGAUAUCGUACCAAUGCGACGGUAGUCCUGUACUGGAACAAACCGAGGUCUCUGGAUUUCCCGAGGAGCAAACACCGCUCGAAUGAGGUCCAAAUUGGAACGUAAACAUUACGGUUAAGUUUUAGUUUGGUUCGCCGAUUGAACAAAUCAUGGUAGGCACCUUUGUGUUGGUCAAAGUAUUAGUUGUUUGUUUCUGUCUGAUUUUAUUGUUUCGUAUGAUUGCAGUUUAAAAAAAAAUUGCCCAUAUUUUUUUUUUUUCAUUACAUCUUCCGGACGCGGUCAUUUUCCUAAACUGACAUAACUACUUAUGAUAAGCUAUUGUUUUAACCAUGAAACAACUCCCAAAACUAGUUAACUAACACAUCCUGUUAUUAAAUUUACCCAAACUACUAAUAAUCUAGCAGAAAUAAUUGAAUUCUGCUAUCUGCUAGUGAUAUUAUGAAUAUACUUACCACUCGUUAGCAUGGAAUCGCAUUUCACGAGUGUACGUAAAUAGUUGUAAAUAUUACUAAAAUAGAAGAGAUGCGAUAUUAUAUUAGAAUUAAUCCUUGUAAGUAAAUGGAAGACAACCUUAGGAUUCUCAAUGACGAACUGAGUAUAAGAAAGGGCAAUUUAGGGAAAAAAAGUUAGCUCAAAAGACGACGCAAACCGUCUCUAGCGUUGUAGCUUUCAGAAAGAAAAAAAAUCUUGAAACACAAUAUGUUUUCAAUCAAUAGUUUAUUUUAAGGUUUCAUCAUUGCAUUUUGAAAACAAUGGUGUAGCAGUUGUAUGAAGCAAAUGUACUGUUUUCCGUCCAAGAAACCCAUUUAAGUGCGUGGUGGUGAGUGCCGUGGGUGAAGCAAACGUGAGGAAAGUUCAUAGAAUUUUCUUCCUCUGUGUGUUGUCCAUUUGUUGCUGUUUGGUUUGACGAGCAUCAGCUUUCCCAACGACUUAAAGUGAUUUACAUUUACUCCUAAGUUAUAUCGACAUAAAAGACAAUAUUUACUUACCAUUUGUGCUUGACUAACAUCUGAGUUCAUGGUUCGAUCCAGCCAACCGUAUUUUAUUUAGCUUGUUUGAUACGUGCGCGCGAUGCUUUUUCAUUCACAUAGACGAAGCAGUAUUUUUAUACCAUGAGCUAAUCUAAACAAAACAAAAAAAAAAAGAAAUAAGCAACGGAAGUGACAAAUUAACUACCGGAACAUUAGUAGAUGAUUAUUUAGUUAUGAAUAAACUAGUGGUUAAAACUAUUGAGUGGUAUGAUGUAGCGAGUAGGCUGUAAGUCCUAGGCGAACAUGAGCAUGACAGAGAGUGACACAAUAAUAUGAUGUCAAAGGGUUUUGUACUUGUAUCCUCCGAAACGAAGACGAUAUCCUUGCACGAGUAACGAGUAAACCCCAAAUAUACGUUAUAACAGCUACAAAUAUGUGUAUAAAUACAUGCUCGAUUGUGUAUGAAGGAUUUUGAAAUAA